AUGGCGCGGGUGCAGCGGCGGCGGCGGCGCGCGUGCUCCCUCUCUCCGCACCUACUGCUCGUGGUGGAGGCCGAGCUCGCCCGCAUCUACGACGACAUCCUCGCGUUGCUCGACUCCCGCCUCGUCCUAUCCGCCAGCGCCUCUGAGUCCAAGGUCAAGAUGAAGGGCGACUACUACAGGUGUUGA